CACGACACGAGUAUAGUCAUGGCUUUUGGACUCAUGCUAAAGGGAAAUUUCAGCAUCGUUAUUAUACUUUCAAUUUCAAUGUUUUGCUUCUACUCAGAGGCAGCCGAGGGUGAUCUGCAAGGACAAAGCAUCGUAAAGGCCUUAUCGUGCUUUGACAAUAAGCUGUUAUAUGUUGGAUGUGAUGAGGCAUAUAGAUUAAACCCAUCUGGGAAUGUUAACGUACCACCAGAGGCUACUGAACUUUUCUGCAGUGGGCCAUGCCUAACUGAAACACAGCUAGUGCUUAAUUGCAUUGAUAAUAUACUGUCCAAUUUCAUAUUCUACAACAAAGCUACUGUACAACAAAUGAGAUAUGCACUAAAUGCUGGCUGUAGCUACUCAAGACAAAGAGGAAACUUCAAUUGGGCAGACUACAUAGAAGGAGAGACAAAUAAUGCUCCCAAAUUUCCAAUCGUGAAUAGAUCUCAUCUCUUCAUCCUGGUAGCAGCUGCGGUUUAUUUAAUGUGACACGUGGUAAUAGCAGUAAGAAACAGAUACACAAUGGAUUU